AAUGUAGUUUUUAGCGGAAGGAACGAGGCGAAGAGAGCAGAGUAUAUUUGAGAGAGUAACGGUAAAACUACAAAGACCCACAAUGCCGUUCACGGACUGAGUAGAGGUCUCGAGCGGCAUGGUGGUCAGACCGGCCGGUGCGCAGGGAAAGUUGCGGCAGGGAGCCAUGUAACCAGCUUAAACGGCAUUUUACCACUUUAAAUCGCGACAAUCACAUUGACAGGAUUACACGGUGAUUUGAAUUGAAUUACUUGAAGAGGAUGCGAAGAGCAAGAAUUAGUAUUAAACCCAAUGUCAGGCCAGGAGGUCGAAGUGUGGCACCCGCAGCUGAGGACAAGAGCGCCCAAGGGUCCACAGCUGUUGAUGACACCCAUCAAAAGCUGUCAACUUCUCCACAGUCUCAGCUGGAAGCCAAAGAGUCUGCUGUGGCGACAGGAGAUGGAAAUGUGCCCGGCUCUCCAUCAGAGAAAGCAUCACUGAACAUUAAUGAUGGAGCGCCAUCUAGUGUCAGCACACCUGCAACUACAGUACUUCAGAGGAGGAGCAGAUUCUCUGCAACACCAAACCUGGCCAGACCCAAAGUCCGUUCUGCUUCUCCAUCCACUGGAAAGGCUGUUUCUCUUCCAUCAGAGCCAUCCAAGAUAUCAUCCCAUUUCCAGGCAGCCAAGUCUUUUCCUCAGUCCCCCAUCUCAGGUGCUAUCAGCAGAGAUGAUUCCCAACACUCUACAUUCUCAGAUGCCACUACAGCAGCUAACUGCCCUCCAUCCUCACCAUGUCUUCCAUCCACAUCUGGCUGUCCAGAAUCUCCAUCAUCAACACCGUUGAUGCCUAAACAAGAGCCUUGCCAAACUCCCCAAAAAAUCCCAAAUGAGGAUUUCGGGCCUCAAGAAGGAGCCACUCCAAUUUCAUGCACACUCUCACCGUAUGUGAAACUGUCUCGUGUUGAUGGACCAGACUCUCCUCUCAGGAAGAACAUUUCUUCAGACAAGCAGCAGGUCUUGAGGGCCCUCAAACUGAAAGAACUGAUGAAGCUGGAGAGGAAGAAAGAAAGAAUGGAGAAGAAGAGUAGACGGCAUAAACGUGAGCAUUGUAUUGAGCCAGAUCGUGACAAAAUUACCUUAGCUGACUUCAUUUAUUACCUGCCAGAGCUAAACCCUAUGAAGUAA